CAACAACCUGCUAGUUAUAGCUAACUUGGAUGGCUAGUGGUUGUUUUGCGACGCCGACGGUGAAGACAACCCGCAGUAGCCGGGCCUUGUUAUAUCUGUGGUCGGGCUUUGCUGUCUGGUUUAGCUAACGUUAGCUGGCUGGUUGGCUGGCUAGCUAGCUAUUUAACUGAAAUUGAGUCAGGUGCUAGUUACUUUUUAGCGUUAACUAGAUAAAACAUUGAAUUGUAUUCUUCGAUAAGUUUUUGCUUUGUAAAUUAGCUGGUUGGAAAACGAAUCUACUUACAUAACAUUCUACAGUCAGUAACGUUUAUAGAUACAGGUUUAACCAUCUUUGGUUGCUAACGUUAACUUUUGUAAGCUAGCUAAGUUAGCCACCAACACCAUUCGUUUUCAUGGUCACGUUUGCAAGUAAACGUUAGUUCCAUUAAUAAGGUUGUAACUUAAAGCUACAAAAGUAAACUAUUACACUUAUCUUCCAUAAUGAAUUGUCUGAAUAUAUUAAUUGACUAAAUCUGUAGGGUCAUUUCACUGCUUCAGUAUCUGCUGAGAGGUUGCAUUCAUUACUAUUAGCUAGCUGCACCAUGUUUAUGUUUUGUCAUCCCCAGGUACUCAGCAGGAUGCAGAUGUAAAGUAAUUCGUCUUGAACCAUCUCUUUGCCACAGAUAACCUCGCAGUGACACUGCUGUGUGCUUCUAUCCUGUUCUCUCCUUUGGCUGCCAACCUACAUGUUCUUACAUGAAGAGAGGGGAGAAACCCGAAGGAUAUCGACAGAUGCGACCCAAGACUUUCCCCGCCAGCAACUACAGUGGCAACAGCCACCAGAUGCUGCAGGAAAUUCGGGAGAGUCUCCGUAACCUUUCCCGGCCUUCUGACCUCCCUAAGGUGGACAUGGGGGGCGCUGGAAAGGUGAUGCCUGAAGAUCCCAGGCAGCAAGGGCGCUGCAGCAACCCCAAAAACCCAUACCACAAGGCCUUGCAGGAGAUUCGCAAGUCCCUGAUGCCUUUUGCCAAUGAGCCCAGCUCUUCUGGAAGGACUGCAGAGGUUAACAAACAGAUGCUGCUGGAGCUGCUGUCUGCUGGUUUUGAGGAGGAAAUGGUGAUCCGUGCUCUGAAGCAAACCAACAGUCGCAGUGUGGAGGCAGCCAUAGAGUACAUUAGUAAGAUGAGCUACCAGGAUCCUGUGAGGGAGCAGAUGGUGGCUGCCGCCGCCCGCCCCGUCAAUGCAGGCAUGAAAGCCCCCGGUUCAUCUCACAUUCAGCAGCCUGUGCUGAGGAGGCAGAGCUGGAAGGGUUCCAAGGAGUCUCUGGUUCAGAGACAUGGCCCCAUGAUGGUGGAGGGGAUGAUUUACCAUUCAGACAGCCCUGGACCCCAGGGUGACCUGGCAGGACGAGGCCCACCCCCAGCUUUCCCACAGGGUCACCCUGGCAACAACCAACGGGUCAACCCUCCCCUACCCCCUCAGGUGCGCAGUGUCACCCCUCCCCCAAACAGAGGUGCAACCCCGCCCCCACCUUCCUGGGACAGUAACCUCUCCACUAAGCGCUUCUCUGGCAACAUGGAUUACCUCGUGCCCCGCAUCUCUCCUGUUCCCCAAGGGGCCUGGCCUGAAGGCUACUCAGCCCCCCAGAACCAGAGGGGCAUCAGCCCAGUGCCCAUGGGCCGUCAGCCCAUCAUCAUGCAGAGCUCUGGGGGUAACAAGUUCAGCUUCCCCUCCAGCUGGUCUCAGAACGGCUCCCCUCAGCCAGACUACAUGGGACACCAGAGUGGUGGCAGCAGACAACCCCCUCCCCCUUACCCAGUGAAUCAGAGCAACAGACAAAGCCCAACCGCUCAACAGAUGCAGGCCGGAGGUCCUGCCUCCUCCCCAUCCUACAUCAACGGUGGUAACCUCCCCCAGUCCAUGAUGGUGCCUAACCGGAACAGUCACAACCUUGACUUGUACAACAUGGGCGUGCCUCAGUCCUGGUCCCAAGCCCCCCCUGGCCAUCCUCAGUCCUCCCCAGGUAGUAGUAACCAGGACGUGUCCCCCUCAUGGCAGCAGCACAGCAUCCCUGUCCGAUCCAGCUCCUUCAACAACCACCAGAUGAGCAACAGGCAGGGCCACCCGGCCAGCUCCCAGCCCUCUGCCACCACAGUGACAGCCAUCACCCAGGCCCCCAUCCUGCAGCCUGUGAAGAGCAUGCGCGUUCAGAAGCCUGAGCUACACACUGCCGUGGCCCCCGCACACCCUCCCUGGAUGCACCAGCCCCCUGCACCUCCCACUACCUACCAGGAGCCGCUACCACCAGCACCCAUGCCCCAGGUACCCAUGCCAGUAGCAGAGGUGCCCAGUUACCAGGGUCCUCCACCCCCAUACCCCAAACACCUCCUCCAGCAGCCUGUUGCACUCUGCCCUGCCUAUGACCCAGGGCCCAAGCCCAGUUCUGGGAGAGAGGAGGCUGCAGAGGAGGAGGAUUGUAGCAGCACCGCUAGUGACAGGCCAGAAGGCCCAGACUUUGCUGCUGUGGGAACAGAGAAGGAGAAUAAACAGAUCACCACAUCUCCAGUGCCUGUGCGCCGGAACAAGAAAGACGAGGAACGGCGAGGAGACCCCAGAGUGCCUCUCUACUCUCCCCAGGCCUUCAAGUUCUUCAUGGAGCAGCACGUUGAGAACAUCCUGAAGAACCACCAGAUGAGGAUCCAUAGGAAGAAACAGCUGGAGAGUGAGAUGCAGAGGGUCAAGUUGUCAGGGGAUGCCCAGGAGCAGAUGCGCAUGAUGCUGUCUCAGAAAGAGUCCAACUACAUCCGACUGAAGCGGGCCAAGAUGGACAAGUCCAUGUUUAAGAGGAUCAAGACCCUGGGCAUCGGCGCCUUUGGAGAGGUGUGUCUAGCCCGGAAGGAGGACACUGGAGCCCUGUACGCCAUGAAGACGCUGCGCAAGAAGGACGUUCUCCUCAGGAACCAGGUGGCCCACGUCAAAGCAGAGAGAGACAUCCUGGCUGAGGCUGAUAAUGAGUGGGUGGUGCGGCUCUAUUACUCCUUCCAGGACAAGGACAACCUGUACUUUGUGAUGGACUACAUUCCUGGGGGAGACAUGAUGAGUCUGCUGAUCCGCCUGGGCCUCUUCAAAGAGGAGUUGGCUCAGUUCUACAUCGCUGAGCUCACCUGCGCCGUGGAGAGCGUGCACAGGAUGGGCUUCAUCCACCGCGACAUCAAGCCAGACAACAUCCUCAUAGACCGGGACGGACAUAUCAAGCUCACUGACUUUGGUCUCUGCACCGGCUUCCGCUGGACACAUGACUCGAAGUACUACCAGAGUGGAGACCAUGUUCGGCAGGACAGCAUGGACUUCAGUAAGGAAUGGGAGCAGGACCCAUCUAACUGUCGCUGUGCAGACCGGCUCAAGCCCCUGGAGAGGAGGAAGGCGAGGCAACACCAACGCUGCCUGGCUCACUCCCUGGUGGGGACACCCAACUACAUCGCUCCAGAGGUGCUGCUAAGGACGGGAUACACCCAACUGUGUGAUUGGUGGAGUGUUGGUGUCAUUCUGUAUGAAAUGGUGGUUGGGCAACCUCCUUUCUUAGCAACUACACCCCUGGAAACCCAGCUCAAGGUGAUAAACUGGCAGACCACCCUGCACAUCCCCCCUCAAGCAAAGCUGAGCCCAGAGGCAUCAGACCUUAUCAUUAAACUAUGCCGUGGCCCCGAGGACCGCCUCGGCAAGAACGGUGCCGACGAGAUCAAGGUGCAGCCCUUCUUCAAGACCAUCGACUUCUCCAACGACCUGCGACAAAUGCAGCCGGCCCCCUACAUCCCCACCAUCGCUCACUGCACAGACACCUCCAACUUUGACCCGGUGGAUCCAGACAAGCUGUGGAGCAGCAACAACGAAGGUGAGGGCAACCACAACGACACCCUCAAUGGGUGGUUCAGGAACGGCAAGCACCCCGAGCACGCCUUCUACGAGUUCACUUUCCGACGCUUCUUCGAUGACAACGGACACCCCUACAGCUGUCCCAAGCCCAUUGGCAUAGAGUAUGAGGAGGGUUUUGAUGGGGACGAGGCAGACUCUGAGGCCCUGACACAGGAGGAGGGAGACCAGGAAGAGAGCAGCAGGGCACAGGGCCGUGAUUUGGUCUAUGUGUAGUAUCGUUUAAGAACAUGUUUGUUCUGCUGGACUGUUUGCACAUAAUAGGUCUGGGAAACAGGUUUCUGGUUUGUCAGAGAGCGGGUCAGGAUUUGUGUGUGUGUAUUCAGUGGCAUAUUCUGUGGGGCAGAACAAUUAGGAACAGAUAUAAUUGUACCAUUCAAGCAGAUACACGGUACAUUUAACUACACUACAGUAUAGUCCCUCUACACUACAGUCUACAAGAGGAGGGUUUAGUCUUUUCACACUACAAGUGUAUUCAUGGGGUUGUAUAUGGUAAGGUUCAUAUGUGUUGACUCUGAACAGACUUAAAUUAAUUGAAAGAAAAUAUCUGGGUUCUUCGAAGAAUUACAAACCCUGUUUUAAGCCUUAAUUUAUUCAAGAUAUUAUAAACUGGUGAUGCUAGUUGAUAUAAGUAUGAGAUUUUUUUUGUUGGAACAUGUUUUUAUUGGAAAUGUUCCUAAUUUAUAUUUUAAGGUCUUGCAAUGGGGAUAUACUGUAUUAGUGAUAUAACUGGUAGGAUUUGCAGGGAUAAGUAACUCUUGAAUUAUUAAUUCCUGUGCCUUUGAUCUUCUGCUCUUUCACCAAAUACUGUAUAUGGGACUACCAUUUCAAACUAGACUAGCCUGAGUUGAUUGAAUUAGGAUUGUGUGUAUUUUUUGAAUUUAUACAUCAAAUGUAUUUAUAAAUUGUUGUAAAUAUUUUCUCUAUUCUGUUGGUUAGUUGAUAUUCAUUAGGGCAGGCCCUCUUCAUUAUUCCCCUCAAAUCUCUUUCCUCAGUAAUUUUUGGUAACGGUCAUUCCACAGUGUUUAUUUUGUUUAAUGUGGCCUUUCAGCACCAAGGAAAAUCUGAAAAGGUACCUAUUGUAAUAAUACAACAACAAAAAAACAGUUGGGGCCGACAGGCUCUGUUAUGCUAUGUACAGUAAAUGUUAUUCUCUUUCAUUCACUUCCACUUCAUCUGCUUUCAUCACUUCUUUCAUUCAGUCUCUCAACCAAAGCACUAGGCUACGCUGUGUAUGAGCUCACUGACACGGCUGACCUGUUAUUGAAGGACUGACACUGUUGUAAUGGGAAACUGGAUUAUGAACGGGCACUCUUUAGUAGCUCAUGGUGGAUGGAUGGGUCUCCACUCCAUCCCAUCAUUUAGCCUUUUAUGUGUUUUGGAUAGCUAUGAAUGUAAUUAUGGAAUAGGAGCACUGACAUUGCUGCACUGGUUUUGAUUACAUAAUUCGAUUAUAGUGUAAAUGUAUUUUGGGGAGGUUGGGUGCAGGGAACGGGAGUGAUUAAUAAACAAUGUAAAGCA